ACAGACUGGCGGGCGAACGACGUCCACCUCACCUCACCUCAUGCCUUACCACCCUGUCUCACUCACUACGGUGCGCAAGCAGCUCUGCGACGGAAUCCCCUCGACCUUGAAUUCUUCAGUGUUUUCCACCAAAAACUGAGAAGAAGUAUCACCAUAUUUCACCACUCACUUCUCGACCCUCGAGGCCUUUGUUUCAAGUCGUGCUUUCCCUCUGCCAGCACUUGGCGCGUCCUCCCCAUUGUCAACUCGGGAUAUCCAAGGAACCCGCUAUAUACAAUAUCAAAGAAAAUAUUCAACAGCAAAAAACAAUGGCAGCCGGCGGCGCAAAGCUCCAGACCCCCAGCUCCGAGGCCGGCGGAAGCAUCCUAGACAACCCCAAGGCUACUGCGGUGGCGGUAGCGGCCACGCCUAGCUGGAACAACAAGAAGUUCAGAGAAGAGUACGAGUCUUUCAAGGCGAAGCUCCUCGACCAGAGAUUCGACCCCAAACAUUUCCCGGACCCGUUACUUCCAAGAAGCGGCUCUGACCCCCGAAAUAACCCAAAGACGACGCCGGAGGCUGAGCGACGAAUCGACAAGAUUAUUGUCGAGUACAAGACUAGGAGUUAGAGUUGCGGGAUGCGUCGGUCGCCCUUUGAUCUAUUCUAUCGGUUUGGUUGGUUUAAAGGGAGUGGAGGGGCUGAAGAUAUUCGUUGAUUCAUGCUCGAAUCUGCAACUUAGGUAGGAAAAGGACGAAAAGAACAAAACAGAAUCUUGAAGGAUUGUAUCCUCUUCAUUUGUGUAUGCGUGUAUGAAUGUUUCGUCUGCAUCGACUCUUUGUCUAGCUUGUUUGAUGCCCGAAAUAGAGGGCGAGUUUCAAGACCCUUUUCCGCCUCAAAGGAAACACGUUUCAUUCACCUUGUCGUUCCUUCCAUUGUCAAAAC